GCCGUCACUGUCUGUAUCGAUGGUACAGGACACAUUAUGUCAGCUUGUAAUAAAGGAUGUUUACGUAUAUUUCUAAUUUUCAUCAUCAUUCUGGGAAUUACAGCAAUCUUAUUGUUAAUAUACAUCAAACCAUUAAACAGCUGGAUUUACAUUCCCAUGGAAUCAGCUGCAUCAGUUCUAAAUAUAAAAAAUCCGUUUUCACAAAAGACUGAGGAGGACAACAGAACUAUUGUGCUCAUUUGGCUGUGGCCUUUUGGUCAGGCUUUUAGUCUCAAUUCUUGUAACUCAAGGUUCAACAUUCAUGGCUGCCAUUUGACUCAGGAUAGAAAUCUGUACAGCAAAUCCCAUGCUGUCCUUAUUCAUCACAGGGACAUCAGUGGGGACUUGUCCAACCUGCCCACAGAGCCACGGCCACCUUUCCAGAAAUGGGUUUGGAUGAACAUGGAGUCACCGACCCACAGUCCAAAAAGGAAUGGGCUUGGCCAACAAUUUAACCUAACCUUAACUUAUCGUCAAGAUUCAGAUAUUCAAGUGCCUUAUGGGUCUCUGAUUAUGAGUCCAGAUUCUUCAGAUUUUAAAGUUCCCAAUAAGAGCAAGCUAGUGUGUUGGGUUGUGAGCCACUGGAGUCCUAACCAUGUGAGAGCAAAGUACUAUAAUGAACUGAUCAAGUACAUUGAUAUCUCUGUGCAUGGGCGCGCCUUUGGGGAAUAUCUGAACAAUAAUGAUUUCAUACCAUUGUUAACUAGUUGCAAAUUCUACCUUUCCUUUGAAAACUCAAUCCAUAAGGAUUACAUUACUGAAAAGCUCUAUAACCCUUUGCGAACAGGCACAGUGCCUGUGGUCUUGGGCCCAUCCAGAGAAAACUACGAGACUUUCAUUCCAGCAGACUCUUUCAUUCACGUGGAUGAUUUUACGUCAGCUAAGGAGCUGGCAGAGUACCUGCACCAUCUUGAUAAAGACCAAGACUUGUAUAGGACCUACUUCAAGUGGAGGAAAUACUACAAAGUAAAGAUGCCAUAUUUCUGGGAGGAACAUGCGUGUGCUACUUGUGAACAUGUAAAACGGAAAAACAACUAUAGAUCUGCUCGUAAUUUAGAGAAAUGGUUUUGGGAUUGAACUCAGCUGAAAAUCAACUUCUAGUGAAUAUUGUGGAUGAUUUUCUCUACAAUUGUGUUUUUUCUCUGCAAAUAAUUUUUCCUUACGUCCCUGCCAGGUACGCUCCAUCCUUGGCUUCCUUCUUUUCCUCACUUAAAUGCUCCCUCUCAGCGAUGUCAUCCACAAACUUCGGAUCAACUUUCACACAUGUGCAGAUGACACCCAAAUCUAUUCUCCUCCUCCAGCUGUGACCCCCAGGUCCGCGGAUGUUCUGCUCUCUUGCUUCUCAAACAUCAAAGCCUAGAUGAGCACCAACAUUCUGCAGCUAAAUAUUGACAAGCCAGACUCCUUGGUUCCCAUCAAUGUUUUCUCACCAGUGACACUGAUUUCCUUAACCUCCCCAGCCUAUCCUUCAGAUUUACCGAACCUGUGCGUAUCAUGGGCGUCAGGUUCCUACCCCUCAUCCGGAGCCUGACCAGAACCACUUUCCUCUACUUCCACCACAUUGCCCACCUCUGACCUUACCUCACAGUAACGCAACUGAAUCCCUUAGCUAUGCAUUCGUCACCUCACUCGCGAUUAUUCCAACGUCGUCCUCGCAGGUCUCCCCGGCUCCACCAUUCAUAAAAUUCAAUUAAUUUAAAACUCCGCCAUCUAUACCUUCACCUGCACCAACCUCCACCAUGACCUCAGUCCUUGCCAGGCUCCACUGGCUCC